AUGGACAAUGCCCGUUAUAACAGCCUUGUCAUUCACAAGUUAACAACACCUCUUGAAAACGAUUUAAUCAUACAAGUCAUACUCUUCAUAUCUCUUAGCAUGCUGAUCGUUAUAUCGAACGUUGUUUUAAUAAUUGGUUUAUACAAAACAAAACAAACAAGAGGGAAAAUAAAUAAACUUUUUAUAGCAUUAAGUAUUACUGAUAUUAAUGUCGGCAUACUUACUGUGCCUAUCAUGGUUAGCUUCAUUCUGUUGCAACAUAGUGGCACACAGUAUCUUGUAUUGAACAUCCUAGCAAGAAUUCCACCUGUUUGCUCGAUAUGUUUAACAUUAUCACUAGCAAUGGAUCGUUGUAUUACCAUCAUAUACAAUAAAAACUUAUCCUUGAGCAUUUUAAUCGUAUGUAGUUUCGUCUCCACUGUCAUUAUGUCUUUACCUGACACUUUGACUUUAGUUCUAAGGAGGAUACCAGUCACCAUAUAUGCAAAUGAGUGGGUUGAUAAUUUAUUACUUGCGUUUGGAGUUGGAUUCUGUGUUGUUAUGCUUGUGUUAAACUGUAGGAUUUUGUACUUUAUUAAAAAGAAGACAACGCAGAUAUCCAUGCACACGAUAAUUCCAAGUAAUUAUCGAAAGAAAACGGUAAAAACAAUUAUAUUAAUCAUGGUGUCGCAAAAUCUAACAUACGUAUUGUACCUCUGUGGUAGAUGCAUUAUGGCUUUUGCUAUCCAGAGAGAUGUAGACAAAGUAUGUGUCCGGGGUUUGUAUUUUUCAUCCCUUUUGAUAAUGUUUUCGAAUUCGUUUAUUAAUACACUCAUUGUGAUUGGACGAAAUCAGAAAGUGCUGAUGCAUUACAAAGAUUUUAUUUGGUCCGGUAGAAACACGCGCAGUGAUAUGAUUGAAUCAAGGGGAAACAAAGUGCAAUCAUCUUCGCAAAUGUAA